AUGAAGUUAGACGUUACUAAACAGUUUUCUACCCGCUCAGAUAGAGUUAAAGGUAUAGAUUUCCAUCCUUCAGAACCAUGGAUUUUAACUACUUUAUAUAAUGGUAAGAUUGAAAUUUGGUCAUAUGCAACAAACACUUUAGUCAAAUCCAUUCAAGUGACAGAAUUACCUGUUCGUACUGGUAAAUUUAUUGCUCGUAAGAAUUGGAUUGUUGUUGGAUCUGAUGAUUUCCAUAUCAGAGUUUAUAAUUAUAAUACUGGGGAAAAAGUUACUCAGUUCGAAGCUCAUCCAGAUUAUAUAAGAAGUAUAUCGGUCCAUCCUUCCAAGCCUUAUGUUUUAACUUCUUCUGAUGAUUUAACUAUUAAAUUAUGGAAUUGGAAUAAUAAUUGGAAAUUAGAACAAACUUUUGAAGGUCACCAACAUUACGUUAUGAGUGUUAAUUUCAAUCCAAAAGAUCCAAACACAUUUGCUUCAGCUUGUUUGGAUAGAACUAUUAAAAUUUGGUCUUUAGGCUCUUCAGUUCCAAAUUUCACUUUAUUAGCUCACGAAUCAAAGGGAGUCAAUUUUGUUGAUUAUUAUCCUCAAGCUGAUAAACCUUACUUGAUUACUAGUUCUGAUGAUAAGACUAUUAAAAUUUGGGAUUACCAAACUAAAUCUUGUGUUGCAACUUUAGAAGGUCAUUUAUCCAAUGUCUCUUUUGCUAUUUUCCACCCUGAAUUACCGUUAAUUGUUUCUGGUUCAGAAGAUGGGACCGUCAGAUUCUGGAAUUCAAAUACUUUCAAAUUAGAAAAAUCUAUUAACUAUAGUUUAGAAAGAGUUUGGUGUGUUGGUAUCUUGCAAAAAUCUAACUUGGUCGCUGUGGGUUGUGAUUCAGGUUAUGUCAUUAUCAAAUUAGGUAAUGAAGAACCUUUAUUCUCCAUGGACUCAAAUAAUAAAUUAAUAACCGCUAAAAAUUCUGAAGUUUUCCAAUCAAUCAUUAAACCAAAUUCAACUGAAGGCUUGAAAGACGGUGAUUCAUUACAUUUACAACAAAGAGAAUUGGGAUCUAUCGAAAUAUUCCCUCAAUCAUUGGCCCAUUCUCCAAAUGGUAGAUAUGCUGCUGUUUGUGGUGAUGGAGAAUAUAUUAUUUAUACCGCUUUGGCUUGGAGAUCGAAAACCUAUGGUAAAGCUUUGGAUUUCGCUUGGAAUACUCACGAUUUUACAAAUGCUACUACUUUUGCCAUCAGAGAAUCUAAAUUAUCUGUCAAAGUUUUCAAGAACUUCCAAGAACAUGUCACUGUUGAAUUAGUCUAUGAAGCUGAUAAAAUCUUCCCUGGUAAUUUAUUAUCUGUUAAAUCAGCUGGAUGUUUAUCAUUUUACGAUUGGGAAUCCGGUAAAUUGGUCAGAAGAGUUGAUAUUGACGAAGAAAUUCAAGAUGUUGUUUGGUCUGAUAAUGGUGAAUUGUUAGCAAUUGUCACUACUUCAGGAGUUGGUGAAAAUUCUGGUACUGGCUCAAAGAAUGAUGAAACCUACUUUUUAAGCUACGACCAAAACUUGUAUGAAGAAGCUUUGAAUGAAGGUUCUCUUGACCCUGAAGAAGGUGCUGAAAAUGCGUUUGACGUGUUAUAUACCUUACCAACUUCUGAAUCCAUCUUAUUUGGUAAAUUCAUUGGCGAUGUCUUUAUUUAUACCACUAGCUCGACCAACAGACUAAAUUAUUUCGUUGGUGGUGAAGUUAUUAACUUAGGUCAUUUCGAUCAUAAAUACUAUAUUGUUGGUUAUAAGGCACAAGAAGGUAAAUUAUAUUUGAUUGACAAAUCUUUCAAUGUUGUUUCCUGGUAUAUAAACUCAGAAGUUUUAGAAUUACAGACAUUAGUCAUGCGUGGUGAUUUGGAACAAUUUGCUACUAAAAAUAUUAUCGACGAAGAAACUCUGGAAGAAUUACCAGAUUUAUCAAGCAUUUCUAGAGAAGAUUUAUCCGAAGAAUACACAAGUUUAUUAUCUGGUUUUAGUAAAACUGAAUUAAAUCAAUUAUCCAGAUUUUUUGAAAAACUUGGUUAUUUGAGCUUAUCUUAUUCUUUAUCACAAGAUUUUGAUUCAAAAUUCCAAAUUUCCUUAUCAACUAAUAAUUUGAAACAAGCUUAUGAAUUGUUAUCUGAUAAUCAAAAAGAAAACCCUUCAACUGCUUUAGCAAAUUCAGGUAAGUGGAAAAAAUUAGGUGAUUUAGCCUUGGCUAAAUUCCAAAUCAAAUUAGCUCAAGAUUGUUUUUGGUUAGCUAAUGACCAUGCAUCUUUAUUAUUAUUAUUAUCAUCCACAAAUAAUCAAAAAGAAUUAACCCGUUUGGCCGAAUCAGCUGAAGCUAUGGGUAAAUAUAAUAUCGCAUUACAAUCUUGGUGGUUGACUGGUAAUAAAGAUAAGUGUUUAGACUUGUUAAUAAAAAGUGAAAGAUAUACUGAAGCUGCUUUCUUGGGAACCAAUUAUUCUAGUGAUCCAGCUAAAGUAGCUCAUGCUGUCAAACUAUGGAAAAAACAAUUGAACGACAAAGAAAGAAGUAAGGUGAGUGAACGUUUAAUUGAAGAUUUCAGCUCUUUGAAUAUUAAUGGAUCUUCUGCUGCUCCUGGUGAAAGCUUAAUCGAUCUUGAAGAACCAAAAAUUAAUGGAAAUGGUGAGCUAGCAUCUGAAGAAGCUGCUGAAGAAGCUGCUGAAGAAGCUGCUGAAGAAGCUGCUGAAGAAAUUGCUGAAGAAGUGGAUGCUCCGCUUGCUGACUCCCCAGCUGCUGAUGCUCCAGCUGCUGAUGCUGAAUAA